AUGCCUAACAUCACUCGUUUCCGUACUUUGUGGGGUAUCCCUCCUGGAGAUAACUUCGCGACAUGGAGGGGAUUGUUCCCUGAACUGAAGGCUAAAGGAUACACCGGAGUGGAGAUUGAUUUCAGAGCCGUCAAAACCGAAGACCUCCCCGAAUUGAGAAAGCUCCUCGACGAGCAUGGCUUUCAGUUCAUCGCCCAGAUCAUGUCCUCAUGGCCCGGAUAUGAAGGCCCCAGACCUCCUGGACUGACACCCAAGGACCAUCUCGACUUCUACCGCAGUCAACUAGAACGUGCCAAGAUCCUCAAAGCUGAUAAAGUCAACGCUCAAUCGGGAAGUGACAUCUGGACGCCCGACCAAUCUGUUGAAUUUUACCAGGGUACUUUCAAGAUCGAUGAAGAGCUAGGUUUCGCUGGCCGCGUAGUUCACGAGACGCACCGGAACCGCUCUCUUUACCACCCUUACAUUGCGAAAUAUGUCUUGGACAGAGUACCUAACCUCCGUAUUACCGCCGACAUUUCUCAUUGGGUUGUUGUUGGAGAGCGGUUGUUGGACGUUUCAGAAGAAGACCGGGAGAUUCUCGAGAAAGUCAUUCCUCACGUAUACCACAUCCACGCUCGUAUUGGCACGACCCAGUCGUCACAAUGCCCCGACCCCUCCAACCCUAUCUACACGGCCGAGAGAGAGUUUUUCGAGAAAUUGUGGACCAAGAUCGUCCAAAACGCUGUCAAGACACGUGGCGACGACUUCCAAGUAACAUUUACUCCUGAGUAUGGCCCAUACCCUUAUCACCCCCAUUUCGGACCGAGAGUUUACACCGAGGUUGCCGACACUGAAGGCGUUCGUCUGGAGAAGCUGUUCUUGGCAGCACUGUAA